AUGCCCACUCUCAAAAUAGCAAUCCAAGGAUGCUGUCACGGUGAACUCAACAAAAUCUACUCCACCCUCCCGUCUCAAACCGAGCUCCUCCUAAUUGGUGGCGAUUUCCAAUCAAUCAGAACCCCCACCGACCUAUCCACCCUAAACGUCCCCAACAAAUAUAAAAAGCUCGGUGAUUUCCCCGACUACUACCAUGGCAAGAAACUAGCCCCCGUAUUAACGAUAUUCAUCGGUGGGAAUCACGAAUGUCUGUCAUAUUUACAAGAACUCAAAUAUGGAGGUUGGGUAGCUCCGAAUAUUUAUUAUCUUGGUGAAUUUGGGAGUGUUUGGUAUAAGGGGAUACAAAUAUGUGGAUGGAGUGGGAUAUUUAAUUAUUCUACAUUUAUGAAAAAUGAUUUAUAUGUGGAAAAAGUGCCGUAUGAUAAUUGGAGUAUUAGAAGUGUAUAUCAUCAGAAAUUGAAUAAUUUUGUGAAGAUGUAUAUGAUGAAUCAUGAUUUGGAUGUGGUUUUGAGUCAUGAUUGGCCAAUUGGGAUUGAGGUAUAUGGGAAUAAGGCGGGAUUAUUGAAGCGAAAACCUUUUUUUAGGGAGGAUAUUGAGAAGGGAGAAUUAGGAAGUCCUUUGAAUAAGUUUCUUUUGCAUUAUUUGAGACCUAGGUUUUGGUAUUCGGCUCAUUUACAUACUAAGUUUGAAGCGAUUGUUGAGUAUAAACAAGAGAAUGAUUCUGGGAAAAAGGGAGAUGUGAAGAAUAAAGAAGCUAUAGAAUUGGAUAUGGACGAACCAGAAACUACUACUAAGAAUGCGGCUGAAAUUUCAUUAGAUAUGGAUGAUGAAUUGCCGAUUUCAAAGAAUAGAGAUGAACUAUCACUUGAUAUGGAUGAUGAAGGACCUAGCACGUCCGAAAAUGAAAUUCCCUUAGAUAUAGAUCAAUCCCAAGCUAAGCAAUUCGAACAAACCCUUCAUGUAUCCCCAAUCAGACCACCACAACAAACAUCAAAAAGACUUUCCACUACCACCACCACUACCCAAUUCUUAGCACUUGACAAAUGUGGCCGAGCAAGACAUCACAUCACAUCCAGAGAAAUUGAAAUCGUACACACGGAUCAUCCAUCUUACAAAAAUCCAGGCAAGUUAUAUUACAGUAAACGAUCAAUUGCAAUCAACAAAACAGUUGAAAACUACCUCCUGAGUCAUAGUAUGAAUUUUAAAUCCAUAAACACGAGAAAAAUCAUUCAAGAUCCAUAUAAUCUAGUAUUAGUGAAUGAAUUACUUCCAUUAGUGAAUUUGGAAUUGAAUAAAUUGAAUAAGUUACCAGAAGAGGAUUUCAUUAUCCCGGAGAAUUUUCAAAAAGUGGAUAAUAUCGAUAAGAAUAAGGAGGUUAGGUAUUAUCCUAAUAAUCAAACUCAGGAAUAUUGUGAUAGAUUUCAAAUACCUUUUCCUGGGGUGUUUACACCUUGA